GUGCGGCAAAACUACGCCAGAUCGCUUAAUUGGCGUAUAAGCAACGCUUCGGCAACGCUUCGAAGCUACCACUACCGACGCUGCAAAGUUUCGUAGGCAACGGCAGCCCAGGCGCUCUCCUGCGGUUUCACCACAAGCGCGAUGACCAGCAUGGGGGACGCGGAUGGCGACUUCCACGUCAACGCGUCGAGCACGCCGAUCGACCUCGCGCCCUACCCCGGCGCGGGCGCCGAGGACCGCGUCGAGCGCCUCAUGCCCGGCCGCUGCGUCGCCGCGGCGCGCCACGCCGUCGUCGGGCGGCGGCUCUGGCUCGAGACCGGCGCGGGCUACACCGGGCCGGCGGCGACGCUCGACGGCCCGGCGUGGCUCGAGGUCGACGGCCGCGUCGCGCGGGUCCCGCGGGCGUCCGGGGGCGAGCGCUUCUUCCGCGCGCCGACGCGCGCCGUCCAGCUCUUCGCCGGGCCCCGCCGCACGGCCGCCUUCCGGGGCGAGGUCCGGCGCCACGAGUGCGUGCGGUGCGCGCCCGAGCUGAUCCGGGACGCGCAGACGAACGAGCUCUGGGCGCGGCUGGUCGACGGCGAGCGCUUCGUCUGCGUGUCCGAGCGGGCGGCGACCGAGGGCGAGAACGACGCGACGCUGGCGCUCGAGGCCGUCGAGAUGACGGGCUACUUCUGCAACUGCUACGCGCGGCACUACGCCGGGGAGCUGCCGGCGAGGACGGCGCCGCGGCUCGACGCGCCCCGCGCGGCGGCCGUGCCGCCCUGGGUCUGCUUCCGGGCGGCGGAAGUCCGCCUCGCGCCGCGCGACGACGACGACGACGACCGGGCGCGCGGGCUCCUGUGGGUGCGCAUCUGCGCGUCGCUGGAGAUCCGGCGGGGCGACGACGACUACGAGCCCUGGAUCGUGGACGGGUGGUGCAUCGCGACGAACGCGAACACGGGCGCCCACGUCCUCGAGCCCGUGCCCGCGCCGCUGUUCGAGCGGGAGCAGUGGUUCCGCAACGUGUACUCGCGCGGGGCGCUGCCGCUGCGGGCGGCGCCCGGCGGCGGCUUCCGCGCGGCGCUCCAGGAGAAGGCGUCGCCGCCGCCCAGGGCGCCCGCGCCCGCGCCCGCGCCGGCGGCGCCCGCGCCCGCGCCGGCCGCCGCGGCCGCGACCACGAACUUCCCCUGGAUGAAGGCGGCCAUGGACAAGUCGCCCAACGCGAAGCUGCUCGGCGAGAAGGCGAACCUCUUCGGCGAGCGGCUGGCCAGGGCCUCGAAGCAGGCCGCCGACGCCACGAAGGCCGCCGCCGAGAACGCCCGGCGACAGAUCGAGACGCUGCAGGAGAAGAAGGAGGAGCCCGUCGCGCGGCGGCGCGUCGAGGCCGUCGCGCGCGCGCCGCUGGGCUCGGUGCUCGUCGCGGAGAGCGUCGUGCUGACGCCGUCGGGCCAGGUCUGGGCGCACGUCACGUCCGACGGCGACGAGGACGCCAGCGACGGCGAGGACGACACGCUGGAGUCCAAGCUCUCGAAGAUCGUCGGCGACGAGACGCCCAAGAGGCGCCGGUCGCGGCGGUCCGCGGAGCGCUGGGCCAUCUGCCGCGGCGCGCGUGACGGCGAGGCGAUCCUGAAACCCAUCCGGGGCGAGGAGGAGCGGCGCGUCGUGUACCGCGUCCGGGAGGCGGCGGUCGUGCCGCGCGACGCGCCGCGGGGCGCCGUCGACGGCGCCGCCCUGCCGCUGGGGCGGGGCGACUACUUCGUGGGCACGCGGCGGCGGUUGGGCCCCAAGGGCGAGAUGUGGGUGGCCUUCGAGGACGUGGGCGGCGAGGUCUGGGUCGCGGAGAGCGUCGGCGGCGUGCGCGACUCGGUCGAGGUCGUGGAGCUGCCGAACGACGAGGUCUCGGCGGACGCCGUCGCCGACCUCCGGCGGGCCUUCGACGACAAGGCGCGGGCCGCGCGGGAAGCCGAGCGGGCCGCGGAGGCGCCCUCGGAGCCGGAGGAGGCGCCGCCGCCGCCGGCCGGGGAGUCGUCCGACCGCCGGGCGUCGCGCGCGCGGCUGCUCGAGUGCCUGGACGCCUUCGCCGACGAGAUCACGCAGCCGGCGCCGGCGCGCGACCCCGUGGACGAGCUCGACGCGCGGCUGACCGUCGACGCGUCGCUGACGCGGACGCGGGCGCCGUCGCUCCUCGCGCGGUGCUGCGCGCGCGGGCGGUCGAUCGUGGUCUGCUCCGUGUCGUGCGCCGACGCCGCGGCGGCGGGCGUCGUCGUGCGGCUCUACGUCGACGCGCACGCGUCGCCCCUCGCGGAGCGCCGGACGGGCCUGGCCGACGGCCGCGACGCCCGGAAGGCGACCUGCGUCUUCGACGCGCCGCCGACCGGCGGAGUGGUGGUAGCGUCGGCCGUCGACCGCUGUGUGGAAAUCAAAUUUACGGCGCGUUCUCGGCCGCGUCGUCGCCGAGAAAUGACUUCGUGAAGAAUUGUCGGGUGCACCCGACGCACUGGUUGAAUUCCACACAGGUGGACCGGGCCGGCCGGGACGUGCGGGGGCUCGAGGCGUCGUGCCCCGUGGACGCGCCCGACGACGACGACGACUGCUUCUUCCUGGGCUGGCUCUUCCCGAAGCCCGCGCCGCCGUCCCUCGAGCUGCCCGGACGGCGCCGCAACCGCAAACCCAAGUACGCCAAGGUCGCGACGACGCCGUCCGCGGGCGGCUUCGCCAUCGCGGACGACAGCAGCGACUCCGACGGAGAUAUGGUCUAAAUUGUUUUACUGGUA